AUAUCUAUGCAUACGAGUGUUGUGCAGGCUUUGACCUCCAUCAUCUGGCAAGGUCCUUCUGAGCUGUUCCGAGGAUUUUUUGCAUCGUCACUACGAGACACUCCUUAUGCCAGCCUAUUCAUGGUCUUCUACGAGGGAAUCAAACAGGAUGCCUCUUUGGUCGCACCUCCAACAUCAAGCAGCCAGUCCGCUGCCAUACACAGCGCUUCUGCCGUGUUAGCAGGAGGUAUGUCAACUUUGUUGACCCAUCCCUUCAACGUGAUUAAGACGAAAAUACAAGCGCGUUCCGAGGACAGGUACCAUGGAUUUAUGAGGAUGGUUGUGAUGAUCUGGAAGCAGGGCGGUGUCUCAGGCUAUUUUGAUGGCGCCUCAUUGUGUCUGACCCGAAAAGUCCUUAGUUCUGCAAUAGCCUGGGCUGUGUAUGAAGGUGUCCUGUUAUUCAUGCGGACUUAG